AUGGUCAUCUCUGACAACGCGACAAAUUUCGAAUGUGGCGCUGAUUUCAUCACGAAGAUUUUUAGGAAUCCGGAAGUAGCCAAUUACCUCACCAGUCAACAAGUGGAUUGGCAAUUCAUCCCGAAACGCGCACCUUGGUACGGAGGUUUUUGGGAGCGCUUGAUUGGAGUCACAAAAAUCGCUUUGUCAAAAAUGCUCGGCCGCACUAAACCAACCUUUGACGAGCUGCGAACUUUAGUUGCAGAGGCUGAGUUCGUUCUGAACGAUCGUCCAAUCGAGAAGAUGUCCGCUGAUUCCCAGACUGAAGAAGCGCUUACACCAUCACAUUUGAUGUAUGGAAGACGUUUCACUAGCCUACCAUUCGACCAUACUGCAGCAGAAGAAAUUCUCAACGACCCAACGUUUGGUGAGAAGCCGUCGAUCCUGACUAAAUCUGCAGCUCGAUUGGAAAAGAGCCUGUGUGCCUUUCGAAAGCAUUUCACAACAAACUACUCAACUGCCCUACGCGAAUAUCACAAAGCUACGCGCGGUCAUCACGAAGAAAUCGUCAAAAUUGGCGACGUCGUUCUCGUACACGAUGAGUCUCCUCGUCACCAUUGGAAGUUGGCGGUAAUUGAAAACCUCAUCAAGAGCAAUGAUGGCCACGUCAGAGCAGCUGAAAUCCGGACAGCGUCCGGAAAAACCAACCGACCAAUCUCGAAGCUGUAUCCUUUGGAGGUUUCGGAGUCAACCGAAACUAUUGAUAUCCAGCAAUCUAUCAAUUCCCCGCCGGAACAGAUCCAGCAACCUAUCGAUUCUUCGCCGGAACAGAUCCAGCCCAUCAUCACGUCUCGUCCCGUUCGUCGAGCUGCAGCAAAGGCGAAUCAACUCAUCAAGCAGAUGACCAUGGACGAACCAGAAGAAGAUUGA